AUGUCUUUGAAGUUCCUAUCACUCGCUCUUGCGGCUGUCGCAACUGCGUCUCCUUUUGACUCUAUGUCGAAGGCCACUAGCGACGACCCUUACGAGGCAUGCCAACCGCAAGGAGCGACCGGCACAACCCCACCAGCAGUUGGCACGGAGCUCAGCUCUCUCUAUACCGAUAUCCUCUCCUCUAUCCAGGGUAUCACUUUCGACAAGCGAUCUGUUCAUGGCCGUGCGGACGGCUUCGGUUGCCGCCAAAGCUUGGACUGUGUCAAUGUUCAGAACAUCAACAUCCCCAUGUGCUAUGACAAGUUCACCACAAACUUCCAAUUCCCAGACGGCUCUUUCGGAAACGUUGCUGCUGGAACAUACACCUCCGGAGGUACUGAAGUCAACCUCGUCAGCGGAGACUACACCAAGGAUGGCCAGAGUGCCAACAUCUACUCCAACAACGAGGCUGAGAAGCCAAACACGUCGACCCUUUCAAUUCCCGCCCAAUACACCGGCACUGGUGUUGGAGGAGCGAUCCCAGUCACAGAACUCGGAUCCAUCAUCGUCUAUACCACCACUAUUCCAGCCGUAACAUACUCUGCACCCACCACCGUUGCGGAAACCGUUGAGGUAGCCACUGUCAGCGGAGUGAAGGUCUCUACCACCGUUCCCGCUACCACCAUCACCCAGGCCACAACGAUCGCCGCAAAGACCAACGUCGUCACUCAAACAAACACUGCCUCAGCUGCACCUCAAAGCACCGGAGCAGCUGGACAGAUGUCUGUUGACACAACAAGGUCCUUCGGAAUGUCGGUUGUCGGUGCCUUGCUAUAUGCGCUCUUGUAA